CCAAUCUCUCCUUCCCUAAUACAUAACGCCCAUCGGCGCCAAAACCCAGGACGAUACCCAUCCCUUAAUAAAAUCAAAACGAAAGGAAAGUCUACCAUACCAAUUUAUCUCAAAUUCCUUGAAACCCUAACUUAACGAACUUCAGAAGUUUCCACGGAUUUUCUCAUUAAUUUCUUUUUCUUUUCAGGGUUUCUGAUCUGUCUUCUCUUGCCAAAGAUUUUUAGAGGGGUUGAUUUCCGAACGGGAUGGCCUCGGUAUCAAGUCAGCCUCAGUUCCGUUACACUCAACCCCCAUCUAAGGUGCUGCAUUUGAGAAACUUGCCAUGGGAGUGUACGGAGGAAGAGUUGAUCGAGCUGGGGAAGCCAUUUGGUAAGAUCGUUAACACCAAGUGCAAUGUUGGAGCCAAUCGUAAUCAAGCUUUCAUUGAAUUCGCUGACUUGAAUCAAGCUAUUGCCAUGAUAUCGUAUUAUGCUUCAUCUUCAGAGCCUGCUCAAGUAAGGGGUAAAACGGUCUACCUGCAAUAUUCUAACAGGCAAGAAAUUGUAAACAACAAAACGACCGCAGAUGUUGCCGGGAAUGUACUGUUGGUAACAAUCGAAGGUCAAGAUGCACGGCUUGUCUCCAUAGAUGUAUUGCACUUGGUAUUUUCAGCUUUUGGAUUUGUGCAUAAAAUUACUACCUUUGAGAAGACAGCUGGAUUUCAGGCUUUGGUGCAGUUUUCAGAUGCAGAAACAGCCACAUCUGCAAAAGGUGCCUUGGAUGGACGAAUCAUCCCUAGGUACCUGCUUUCUGAAAAUAUAUCUCCGUGUACACUUAGGAUUACUUAUUCUGCUCAUACAGAUUUGAGUGUGAAGUUCCAGAGCCACAGAAGCAGAGAUUAUACCAAUCCCUAUCUUCCUGUCGCUCCUUCGGCUAUAGAUGGAAGUGGCCAGUUUAAUUUGGGUCUUGAUGGGAAAAAACUCGAACCAGAAAGUAAUGUUUUACUUGCAUCAAUCGAGAACAUGCAGUAUGCUGUUACCUUGGAUGUGCUACACAUGGUCUUCUCUGCUUUUGGUCCUGUUCAAAAGAUUGCCAUGUUUGAUAAGAAUGGUGGACUACAGGCACUAAUUCAGUACCCAGAUGUUCAGACAGCUGUUUUGGCUAAGGACACCUUGGAAGGGCACUGCAUAUAUGAUGGAGGAUUUUGCAAGCUCCAUCUCUCAUAUUCACGCCACACUGAUCUCAGUAUAAAAGUCAACAAUGAUCGGAGCAGAGAUUACACAAUCCCUAACCUGGCCAUGGUUAACCCUCAGCCUUCAACAUUGGGGCAACAGCCAGUUCAAGCAAUGGGUGGUCCAGCUGCUCAUCAAUACAAUGGGACUCCAUAUGCUCCAGGGUUACAACAACCUACAAUGCCGCCUCAGCCUUCAGGUGGAUGGACCUCAAGUGUUCCGGCAAUGGCACAGCAAUCCAUGCCAGUGCAGAUGAGUAAUCAUCAUCCUUACAUACCACCAACCUCAAUGCCUCAAACGAAUCCCGGAAUGAUGCGAAUGCCAGGCCAGGGAGGUGUACCACCAGCAGCAGCAGGUGGGGCAAUGCCUCCUUACAGAUCCAAUCAGAUGUAAUAGCAUCUGUAUAUCUAUCUAAUAUUACAUAAAAACUGAGUUCGGGUAGCCUUAGCCGGCCACAUGGUGGGUGAUCACCACCAUUUUUAAUUUUGAAUGGUGUCAUGGUAAGCAUUUUAAGGACAAUAUUUUUGGCUAUCA